AUGGCGUAUCGACAAGGAGGGUUCUCACGCACGUUGCCAAAAAACUUCACCUUCCCCUCGGCAAGCAUGGGGGAACCGAGAACUCCUGAACGCGCCUCAGUUCGCUUGGACGUCCCGCCCCCACCCCCUCGCCAUUCCAGCUGCCGCUUGCGCAGGUCCCGUGUGCGCUCAGGGACCGACGUUUUUGCGUAUGCCGAAUAUGAUCUCAGCAUGUUUCAUUCCAGACAAUCCGACAUCCCCUUACCCUCUAUUGAAUUUCCUCCUGGUGAUGCUUCAACUGUUCGGCCUCCCCUGGUGAUGCCUGCCGACAGUGACCGCUUCUUAGCCCCUCCCCGGGAUCGUGUGGCCCUCAAGACCCCACCUGCACAGAUCCGCGAAGACCCCAUCGAGCCAAGAUCCACCGGAACUUGGUCUACGGAAGAUCCCCAAAUCCUGGGGGGAACGAUCGAGCGUCCGGCUUCCGCCUGUUCGAAUGCUUCUGACUCCUCGGUCUCGUCAAUUGAAACUUUUGCUUCGCGGCGUUCACUUGGUGGAAGCUGUACCAGUAUGGAGAGUGAUUCCUAUGAUCCAUUCUUCCAUCUUGAGAUCCAUCCAAAACCGGUCGUGGAAUCCCCAUUGCUGAAGAGUCAGCGGAGUAAAUCGCGCAUGCUCCCCGGGAAAGAACGGUGGACAAUGGACAUGGACAAUCAUCUUUGGAAUACCUACCAACUGUACCUCCAAAAUCCUACCAUUACCCCGUUCAAAAUGACGCCGGGGAGUAUCCCACCACUGGGAGUGACUCACCGAGUAGCGCGAGACGCGAAGAGAACCUGGGAAAAGAGACCUCUUCUAUUGACGAAACGGUUGCCGUCUAGUUUGCAACAGUGCCGGAGUGGUGACUCUACGCCAACCCAAAAAGCCAACCCGGCAAAGCCACUCUGGCCUAGAUCGGAGGCCUCAACCAGGCGGAGACUGAAGUUGCUAUGCAAAAGGAAGUUCUCUAUCGCCCCUCAUUAUCAGAGAAUAAUGCAAUCCCGGAGUCCAACACCUGCCCUCGAUUUGUUCUCUCACCCGUCCUAUGAGUCGUCGCAUGUCGAGGUUUCUGGCGGUAGCUCGGCGGCUUAUGCGACACGUGAUUUGGGCGUCUCCCUUGUCUCCAGCUCGGUUCCCGGUCCCCUGUCUCAGCUUGCCAUGGAGUUUACUUCUCCCCAAGAGACAAACAGUGAGUGGUUCAACAAGCUUGUGCCUCGUGAACCGUCUAAGGUGGUCGAACCCUUUGCGAAAAGGCCGUUCAGUUUCGAUGAACGGGAGAUGGCGCCUCGUCUUGGGUCUCCGUUCACAUACAAUACAUGGGCACCAAUUAAUUCAAGGAAGAGAGCCAAUCGCCAUACACCUAGAGUUCGACGCGAAACAAUUCAUGUUACCGGCUCACGGUUGCAGUCUCCUCCCCGCAUGGAUGUAUUUUCCGGUAUGAAAAACAGCAGUCUCACUCCUAACCAGGAAUCUAGUGUUCAAUCACCUCGCGAACAAGAUACACAUCGUCAUCUAGAAGAGCUAUUCCGCCAAGGCAAGAUAAAUGAUAUGGGCCAGCGUCGCGUGCGGAUUAGGACCCGUGGAGCCACGACAAGCUCCGUCAGUCCGAAGGGGUUGGAUCAGCUCUUUUCUCCACCAUUGUCUUCUCGAAAUGAAGAGACUACCGCGAUAGGAAAGCCUGUGGUUGAUCCUUUGCGGAAUCUUGCGGGCGAAAAUGUAAAACGUCUCGGCUCACCAUUUAAAGUGGAAGCCUUCAAGCGUUCUGGAUCUUCGUCCCGGUUCAUUCGACAUGUAGCGUCACGCUCAGAGCCAUUUUCAAGAGAGUUGCUAUCUCAAAUUAGACCGACGAAUCUAGAUGCGCGGCCAAGGGUUCAAGACAUGAUGCAUCUGCCGUCAUACGACCCUACCGAGAAAGGCAUCUCUGAUGCGGAGCGAAUUCGGAGACAGAUAUUAAACCUGUCCCACACAAGGCAAUAA